GGGAGAAAUGUCCACACUCAAGUGACACUUCUACUCUCCUUCUCUACCCAAGAACAACCUCAACAACCAACACCAUGUGUGGCUACUACGGAAACUACUACGGCGGCCUCGGCUGUGGGAGCUAUGGCUAUGGAGGCCUGGGCUGUGGCUAUGGCUCUGGCUACGGCUCUGGCUUCUGCAGGCUGGGCUGUGGCUAUGGCUCCUGCUACGGCUCUGGCUUCCACAGGCUGGGCUGUGGCUAUGGCUGUGGCUACGGCUAUGGCUCCCGCUCUCUCUGUGGCUGUGGCUAUGGAUGCGGCUAUGGCUCUGGCUUUGGCUACUACUAUUGAAGACGCCAAGAAAGAGUCUCACCUCUAUACCUGGACACCAGGAUUCACCAGUUCUGAAGCCCUCAUGUUCUGUGUCUUUCUCCUGGGUGAUGGUUAGGCUGCAUCAUGGAAGUUUAGUGUGGUCUAUUGUGGACCUACCAUCUAACCUAUACAUUUCCCAGAACUUACCUCAUUAAGUGGAUAAAGUAAAAUUUUCCUGUGAACUCAAGAGUUCUUCUUUCAUUAGAUGAUUAGAUGAUUACUAUGAUGAUACCAUAGUAACUACCUUGAUGCUUUCAUCAUGGAGCUUGUUUGUUUGUUGAUCUAAUAAAAGUUAUCAAUCCAAAGAGCAA